AUGCUGAUUCCAGACCCCCCUGUUGCAGUGUUACCACCUUGUGAGGAAGAAUUUUCGGAUAAAAAGCACAAUAGAACUUUAAGGAAAAGGUCCGCUGGAAGACCAGUGACGCUGCCUUCCGAUAUUGUGCAAAUCUGGAUGAAUAAACCAAUUUCGGACUUGUAUACUUCUCUCGAGAUCAAUAGGAAGAUAAUUCUUGAAAGCCAUAAUAAAUAUAGAAGUACAGCCAAUCCAACUGCAUCCAAUAUGCUGGAAUUGAAAUGGAGUGAUAUAGUUAUGAAAAAGGCAGACGUUUGGGCCACAAAUUGUACACAAGGACACAGUAAUCCUGCUCAGAGGACAAUACCAGAUUUCAAGUGUGGUGAAAAUGUAUUUCUAGCACCAUACAAAGUGCCCUGGGACGUUGUGAUUGGCAGCUGGUUCGGUGAAAUAGUCGACUUUAAGUAUGAAACGGGAUCGGUAAAUGGGGCAGAGGUUGGACACUACACUCAGCUGAUGUGGGGCACUUCCUCCCUCAUGGGAUGUUCUGUUGCUGAAUGUCCAAAUCUAGUGAACAGAUAUAACUUUGUGUGCCAUUACUGCCCAUUAGGAAACCGAAAACCCACAGCUAUUCCAUACAAAUCUGGUAAACCUUGUGGAGACUGCCCUAACGCCUGUAAAAAUAACCUCUGCC